AUGCCCACCUUCUCCGGACGACUCGGAAGCUACCGCAACCCCUCCUCCCGCUGCCCUGGCGGCGGCCGCAGCAAAACCCUCCCGAUCGCGCUGCACGGAGGCAGCGCGGAGCGAGUGUCGCCUUCCCCUCGCCGCCCCCGGCGCCGCCGCCGCCGCCGCCGGCGAGCAGCGAGCUCAGUGUCGCUCAAACCUGCCCUCCGGGCCCCGCAGUCCCCGCUCGGCCCUCCCCCCACGCCCCGCGGACCCUUUCAAACCCCCUGGGCUCGCGGUGGCUGCUCCGGGAGGAAACGCUGGCCAAGGCUGGUGGAGCCGCGGCGACGAGGCUCCGAGCGGGGCGGCGGCGGGGCGCCCGCAACAGCAUCACGAGUUCCAGUUCCCAGGAGCCCGCCGCCGCCGCCGCCGCCACGACAUGAGUCAGGCUUUCUUCGCGCGUGGCGGAGCCCUCCUCGCGGACCCCGCCGCACCUGGGCUCCGCCCCGGCCCCCUCGCAGGAGGAUGCCCCAGCGCCGGGAGCUGCGGGGUCCGCCGAAGGCCGGUGGCUCCUCUCGCUGGGCGCUGCCUUUUGUGUGGUGCAGUGGCGGCUGCCAUGCGGUCCCUCGCCCUUCGCCCGGCGGGGGCCGGCCCGCCGCGCAGACGCUGCCGCGGUUCGCGGUUAACUGCCCGGGCUCCCCCGGGUGGGUUCCCGGAGCUGGCGUGCCUGGCAGACGCCCUGACCUGCGGGGAGAAGCCGCCUGGCUCCGGCCGCUCACCGACCUCCACAGGUGGAGCUCCUCUCCGGCCGGGCACGGCUUUUCACUGCAUUGUCCCGGCUGCAGCCCCCACCGGUUUGACUUAAGGAAAAGCGGAGGCCUAGGCAGGGUGGCCGCCCGGGGUCCGUGAGAA